UAAAGAAAAGAAAAAAGAGAGAAAGGAAAAGCCAUAUAACCAUGAUUAAAUCCACCGCAUUUUAAACCACAGACCGCCAUUUUGACACGAAUUUGUAUGCAAAAAAGUUGAAAAAAGAAGAAUGAAAGAACAAACAUUAAAAUGAAAACAAGAAUUCCAAGUUCUGUUCAUUUUUUCCCCCUUCUUCUAUUAUUCUUCCAGUUUUAGUACAGUGACCAAAACAAGAAUCAAUAUUUCAUGGCCAAACCAAAGAGAGUGUACCAAUCUUGGAAAGGGAACAAUAAAUUCUUAUUUGAUGGGAGGCUGAUAUUCGGACCAGAUGCUAAGUCACUGAUUGUCACCUUUACGCUUAUCCUUGUCCCUGUUGUUACAUUUUGCGUAUUUGUUGCAAGAAAUCUUGUUCACGAAUUCUCAACAGGAAGUACAGGAUAUGCAAUUAUGGUCUUAGCAAUUGUCUUCACAAUCUAUGUCUUCUUGCUUCUACUUGCAACAUCAACUAAGGAUCCUGGCGUUGUUCCACGGAAUUCUCAUCCUCCAGAGGAAUUGUUAGGUUAUGAUUCUUCAGCUUCCAAUGAAGCUGGUGGGAAACCUUUGCCUCGCACCAAGCAAAUCCUAGUCAACGGUCUGCCAGUGAGAGUUAAAUAUUGUGAAACAUGCAUGUUGUAUCGUCCACCAAGAUGCUCUCAUUGCUCAGUAUGUGAUAACUGUGUGGAGCGGUUUGAUCACCAUUGCCCUUGGGUCGGUCAAUGCAUUGGAAAGCGCAACUAUCGUUGCUUCUUCCUAUUUGUUUCGUCAACUGCUCUCCUCUGUGUUUACGUCUUUUCCAUGUCGGCGUUAUAUCUUAAGCUUCUUGUCGAUGAUUAUGGAACUAUUUGGAAGGCUAUUAAAGUAUCGCCUGCAUCAGUUGCGCUGAUGGCGUAUUGUUUUGUUUCACUUUGGUUUGUUGGAGGUCUCACUGGCUUCCAUUUGUAUCUCAUAUGUCGAAAUCAGACCACAUAUGAGAAUUUUCGUCAUAGAGGACUAAGAGGAGAUAACAGGAUCAAUGUGUAUGACCGAGGUUGCACGAACAAUUUUCUUGAAGUAUUCUGCUCGAGGAUAGAACCUUCGAAAAACAAUUUCCGCGGAUAUGUACAUGAAGAGGCAUUAGAGUCUAGCAAGGUAGGAAACAUUCAAGUAACAGAAGUUGAUAACUCCGGUGGGGAUAGAAGAGUCAAGGUAGAAGAAGAUCUUGAGAUCGGAGAUGAUCUCAUGAAGAUAUCCCAACGACGUAACUCUCAAGACAUUGGAGAUAUUAGAGGUAGAGGAAGCGACAGGUCACCCAUAAGUCGUUCUGAGCUUGACUUUGGAUUUGGUCUGGAGUCGCAGUUUUCGUCCAGAUCAGAGAGUCGCCAUUCUGGCUGGUGAAGCAGAAGUGACGCGAAUUGAACUGAUAUUAACAUCUUUCCAAAGCCAUAUCUACUGCAAUGAUUUUGCAGUCACAGUUCCGAGAUUUGAAAUGUGAUACAUUAAGGUGGCUAGCCAUCAAAAUGCAUCUCGAGUGCUCCUUCUGGGUAACAUUCUUGAACAGUGUUAUCAAAGGCGCGCGCUUAAGCUCUUAGAGUUUUUUUUGCGCUUUUCGCCUUUGAUAACACUGGCACAGAACAUCUUUGUCACAAAACACAGAUAAUCUGUUGACUUCGAUAAUAUUUUUGCUGGUUAUUAUUUCUUGAAAGAACUAGGAACAUAUGUCAAAGGCGUUUGCAAAUGUAUACAUGUAACCAUUUUUUUCUGUUACCCUUCUUCCUAUAUGGGUUAUACUGUGAAAUUUAGCGGUGGUUCUGCCUUUAAUGUCACAAAUUGAUGAUGUGUGGCUUGCUUCAAGCCAAAUAUUAUUGAUGAAGGGGGGAUAAAAAUUAGGGUGUUUUUU